GGUGCUGAGUCGCCCCAUGGUGAUACAGAGGAAGAGGAAUGCCAUCUGGACACCUGUAUACGCUGAUUACUCCACCGAGGUCUCUCCCGACCUCUCAGAAGGUUUAAAGUUUUUGACGUCCUAUGCACUACCUGUUUUUGACAUGAAAGAAGAUGCUAGAAUGGAGGGGAACCUACUUGGCAUUGUCGGAACAGAUGUUCCUGUGGACCAGAUAAAGGCCCGUAUCCCCUAUAAUAAGCUCGGCCCGAAUGGCUAUGCCUUUGUAGUGAACUCACAGGGCUUCAUCCUUUUCCAUCCAAACCUCCGCCCAUUCUAUUUUAAGAGACAGUCUCGAGAACUCGGACUGAAAUCCCACUUCAGCAGCGUAGAUAUCACUGAAGUGGAACACGUACCGAACGAAGCAGACGUCAGGAUGCUGAGAUUGAAAAUUUUAAAUGCCUCAGGGUAUGCAAAUUACUCCAUAAAAAAUGUAAUAGUGCCUUAUGAUGGAAGAAAGCGUGUUACCAUUGUUGACCUCACCUAUCAUAUAUACCCCAUAGGAGAGACAGGUUUUAAAUUAGUAUUCGCUGUGCCAACAGACUUUGGUACCACACUUGUAAAUACCAAGGUAUCAUACGGAUCAAACCAAUUAUCUUAUUUCAUGGACAACAAUACUAGAUUCGCACCAUGGAGAUUCUGUAGAAAUGAUGAUAUCCUUUUGGCAAAAGGAGACGAAAGAAAACGAUUGCUGUACAACAGUUUUUAUAUUGAAGAAGGAAAGUGUGAGAAUGACAAGAUGACAAAGUUUGAUGUCAUAGGAUUACACGAUGUUGUCGAUCACUGGAAAUCAGUGUCCACAUUUGAGAAUACUAAAAGCUACUAUGCAUCCAAUUUCUCUGUCCAGCUUUUCGGAAAUAAAUAUGGAAUUGCGUUGAUAUUCCUGGGCACCAAAAGUGGCCUCACACGAUUUCUCAACACAGAUCUCUUCCCAACCACUCAAGAGUUCAUCAACUUGAAUGAACGGACAGUUGACAGUAUGUACUACAAACGUGCAGUGGAGGGGCGAAUACAAGAUGGCUACAACUUCACAUUCUCCAUGCCAAUUGGUGAAGCGUACACAGGGGACGAGAACAACGUCGUUACAAUCAGUAUACCACUGGAAUUAAACAACGCCCAAGUAGGGCCGACCAAAGACUUUUUCCCAAUGGUCCUUGGACUUCAGAUAAAGUACCAGGAAAUUCAGAAGAAAAUUGGAGAUAUAAUCCAGAAAUGUGGAAACUUUACCAACUGUGAAUUAACGUGUCGAGAUAAUCGUGUGAAUUGCUACUUACUUGAUAACAAUGGUUAUGUGAUGAUGAGCAAAGAUCCAAACGAGAUUGGUGGUUUCUUUGGUGAUGCUGAUGGAGGGACUAUGAUGAGGGAAAUGAUAAACAGGCAUUUAUUUGAAGAAAUAAACUUCAAGGACUAUCAGGGUAUGUGUGAGUCGAGUGACAGUGGGGAGGAUGAAAGCUCGGCUGAACAUCUCAUCAAUCCAUUCAAAAGAUUAUUAGGUGUGGUUCUUUGGAUGUUUGGUGAAAUAGCAAUGUUGAUGACAGAGUGGUCAUUUCACAGCUGGUUAACUGGUUCUCAUCGAUCGGAAGCUUCACCAACUCCUACAGAUUGCCCAACAAUGGAGUAUGAUCUUUCGGAGAUGAAUCCGGAGCACCUAGAGAUCUGGUACUACCAUUAUAAGAAGAUGGCCCAUUGUCAGCCUAGUGUGGUUAUCAACCCUUGUCAUAAAUACAUGACCUUAUACAAGGCUAAUUUCCAACAGUUACGAAACCCACGCAUCAAGGGCACUAUUUAUGGCUGUGAUCAAUGCAACAUGACAUAUGUAGUCCAGUGGAUUCGAGACACUAACCUGAUCUUUGUCAUCUCCACCGCGGGCUGUGACUGCACAGGCAGGCCGGACUUCGUACAACCAAUAUUCGGGGAGGUGCCAGUCAUUCCAUCAGAUACUGAGUUUUGCAGUCGUCUGGAAAACCAGUCGGAUCACGGAAGACAAACUUUCAACAAAAAAAGGCAUAGAUGUAUAGAUGCAGAUGAUGACACGGAGGACGAUACACGAUGUGGACAGUGUCGGAUACAAGUGUCCACGUUACUGACAGUUUUGUGUCUAUUGUGGACGUGGAUAGUCCACACAAAAUACAGCGCUGGCUCCUCCUGAUACUGGUGUCAAUCAUCAUGUCCAUUUCACUAUUGUCAUUCAUCAACAAUGCCAUCUAUAGAGAUUACGUAGGACCUCGUUAUUCUGGAGUUUUGUAAUUCCUUAGAUUUAUUUGCCAGGAGCUAGCAUAUCACUUAUAUUUAAUACAACAGGAAAUUCGCAAAAUAAUGGCUUACUAUGAUCUCCUGUCGUUACGUGAUUCAAUUGAUGAAAUUCUCACGUUUAACUCAUUCACCCCCUGAAGACCCAAUCAAACUCUUCCAACUCAAAGGUUGGAAUAGUUCAUUAAAAGAUUUCAGGGGUAAAUGAGCUAAGAGAUCGUCAAGAAAACUAGAUGGAUUUAUAGUAUUUAGGAAGUGACCUUAGUCACAGAAUUUUCAUUUACUUACCAUUCUUUUAUAUGGAAUAUUAUAUAUUGAUUUCAAAUAUACUAUUGGAAAGCAAUGUGUCCGGCCUAACGAGGUUCAGUCAUUAUUAGCUAAUUGUACAUUCCUCUAAUAAUUUGACUCAAACAGAUGUUAAUUUUAUUUCACUUGAUCAAUUCCUACACCUUAUAUUGAAUAUCUCAAUUGUUUGUGCAAAAAUGUAUUAAUGUUUAUAAAUAACUUGUAAUAUUUAAGAAAAGAAGUGAAAAAAUAAGGUUGUGAGCACAUUUGCUCAAGUCUUUUUCUGCCUGAUAUGGUUUACACAGUUCUAAUUGUUUAAAAUGAUUUUACAUUUUGUAGAUUUUUCAUUAUAAUCAUGAAGAAGUUUUUAUCAAGGGACAUAACUAGUGUCUUGAAUGUUCAAAAUAAUGUUAGAAUAAGGAUUUUACUUGUUGAAACUGCUUGUACAUAAAAUAAUAUGUUUUUUUCAUUCUAAUAAAUGCAUUUUCUUUUUGGUAUUUAUGGAACAAAUCUGCAUAAUGAAUGUUUGUUUGAAAUCAAAAAAAAGUGUAAAAUGUUGGUGUUACUUAAUUGAAUUUGGUAGAAAUGGUUCAAUUGAAGUUUAGCUUUUCUAAAAGGGGUCAGUAGGGGUUUAUACAUAAGAAAGCAAAAUGGUUCAACUGGUAGAUAUUUGAAAGGAAGGGGCCAUACUCCUGAUGAAAUAAAACAACCUUUCAAGCAGAUAUCCGACAGGCAUCCUUUUCCCACAGUAAGCUAGCUCACCUGGACAAAAGAAGCAUGCAGCCUUGGCACAGUGUCCUUUGUACACCUGUCAACUUUUCUUUCCUUUAAAAGGAGACUUGAUGUUAUAUAAAAUGAAGGGUGUUUCACAUCUGGUGCUGGCGGUGGGAAAUCUUUUUUUUAUUAUUAUUUAAAUCUUUCUCUUUUUAUAUGGAUGAAAGAUUUAGACCAAAUUGGAACAUUCUUUUUAGAUCAUGAGGACUAGAUGCUGUAUAAAUAAAGGGUGGAGCCCCUCUAAAGUGCAGUAACCUUGAGUGCUAUAAAGUGUCAUCAUAUUUCCUUGAUCUACUUACUUUCAAGGUCACAGGUCAAAUAUGUUAAACAUUUCGCGCAACAUUUUUAAAGCACUCUCGGGUCUAAAACCAUGCUUCUUGGAUACAUGUAGAUCAGCAGUACAAAUCUUUUUCUAAUAUAUUUAAGGGCAAACUGGUCAACUUCCACUGCUGGGGUAGGAUUUCAAAGCAAAACUAAAGCAUAUUAAGAUUUUACCCCCAUCCCUCUGGCCACAGGAAGUAAUACUCUUGGUGCAGUAGGAAAGUGACUUUGAAAACUUCACUUCUAAUUUCUGUUGGGGCCUGCCCUGAUUACAUGGGUUAUCACCACAUUUGGUUUGAAAUAUUGACAGGGAAAGAUGAUCAUAUUUUGUAAAUAUAAAGCUGAUUGUCCGCAAAAGAGGAAUGCAUUCAUGCAACCAGAUUUGGCCUCGCAGUCACUCUCAAAGAGAAACCUGCAGCUUGUCUAGGCGUAAACAGAUGAAUACACUCAUGCUAUCAAGAUUGGCUCAUGGGUCUGGCAACGCCCCAGCUAGUCAUCCUUAAGACAAAGAAAUCAAAGAAAGGACGAUGUCCUCUUUAAUGUCAAGAGUCAGAAUUGAAAUUAUUUAAAAUGUAAAUGAUUAAAUAUCCAGGUGAGUGACAGGCUUCUAGGUAUCUUGUUCAUAAAAGGAUGUCCCCAAAAAUACUAAAAUUCACCUGUGACUAAAUAUUUUCAUUCAUUUGCCACUGAAAUUGUACAAGAAUUUCCCAGCCUUCCUCUCAUCUACCACUGAUACUAUAAACAUGGUAUUAAAUAGACCCCAGUAUAAAAUCUAGGGGGGGGGGAGGUUCUUACUGAGAAAUUAACCAGUUAGCUUGUGUAUGCAUGUACACAGUGGAUGUAGGUGCCUUGAUGUGACAUGAUAACAAUUACUUUAUGUAAAUAGAAAAGGUGUCAUGAUAACUUAUUAGGACCAUGUCGGUAUGAUGGUGUACUAGAACUGUGUAUCUGGUAACACUCCUGCCAUAAACUGGGAUAAUUUGAUGUUGUAGUAAUUAAUAGAACAAAGUAUAUUUCUUAUGUUAGAUUUUUUGAAAGCUUAAGUUUAAGAUGAUAUUGUAUUAAUUACAAUAUGUAGUCUCAUUAAAUAAAUACCUUAAUUAUUAGGGAUGUUAUCCAAAGGUUUCUACAAAUAGGCGCAAAGACUUCAUGAUUGACUUUGAGCCAUUUGAAAAUGUUUUUUAACUUUUCUAAAUAUGAUCAGAUUUCAAUAAAACUUGGUCAGCAGAUAUAAGGUAAAGACAGACUACAUUUGGUGAUGAGCAGAAUUUAAGUAUAUCUAGUAAGUAAACAACAACCUGAUUGCUUAUUCUGCAGUAUAACUUUCCUAAAUAUUCUGCAGGAUAACUUCCCUAAAUAUGAUGACAUUCCAAACAGGCUGUGUGCAUGUCCGGUUUGCAAAAUUACUAAAAUACAAUUGGUUCAAGUAUUUGCAGGGAAACUUACCUAAUAUGAUUGGAUUUCAGUAAAACUUGAUCAGCAGAUGUACUUAAUGUAAAGCAAGUCUUAAUGGAGGGUGAGUACAUUGUACAAUGAUGUCACCGUGACCUACUUUUUAUGUGCCUGCCUUAAUGGGGCCUGUUACCAUUGGUCAUCAUCCAUAGGUCCUUCAUACAUUUUUGUUUCCAUACUAUCAUUGGAUUUGCAUGAAACUUUGUGGCAACUAUCUUUAAAAGCAUUCAAAGUUUUGUAUUCUUUGGGGUAAUUACUAAAUGAAUGUGUCUAAUUUGGGAUGCCUGUAGGGUCAAAGGUUACACUGCUGUACUGAUGGGUUCUCAUCAGGCCGUGGUGUCGUUAAUUCAUACCUCAAACACAGGUUGCCUGUUACACAAGAAAACAUCAUAUUGUGGGGCUUUGGUUUUGGGGACUCCGAAACAUAUUCAUUACAACUAGCGUAUGAUAUCAUAUUGCAUUCUGAACGACCAGUUUGUUUGUUUUUCGUGUAGGCACUUGAAUAUAAAAUUUGCUAGAAACCUGGUCAAUAACUACAAAUUACCGGGAAUAUUUACAACUGCUGAAGGCCCUUACAUGCACCCUCAUGUUUUUAUUUCUAAAACCUGGUUCAUGAAUGUCAAUAACAUGUAAGCUAUGGCGUGGAAGAACAGUUAAAAACUUUAUCAUUUGAAUUUUCCUGUUUUAGGUUGAAGAUAUGUCUGAUGUAUUGUUCCUCCUAGUAUAGUCCCCCACAGGUUAUCAUACAGUUUGAUAAUAGUUAGCGUAGAUAACACCAAAAUAUCCCAAUCUAUGGGGGUUCAUUUGUACAUAUAAAACAACUUUAAUUGUAUUAUCACUUGGUUGAAUUAUGAUUUUUUUUUUUUGUUAUUUUGUUUAAAGAUUACAUUUCCAUCAAAAUAAUUAAUGGUGUGUGUUCAUAGAGCAACAGCAUAUGUUCAUGUGAUGGUACCCGUAUGUACAUAUAGUGUUAGCUCAUGUUACCAUGGUGAGUGUUUAUGUUACCAUGGUGUGUGUUUUUUAUCAUGGUGAGUGUUUAUGUUAACAUGGUGUGUGCUUAAGUUACCAUGGUGUGUUAAUGUUACCAUGCAUGGUGUGUGUUUAUGUUACCCUGGUGAUUUUUCAUGUGAACAUGGUGUACGUUCAUGUGAUCUGAUGAUGGAGUGUGUUCAUGUGGCCAUGGUGUAUGAUGUGAUCUGAUGAUGGUGUGUGUGUUCAUGUGACCAUGGUGUAUGAUGUGAUCUGAUGAUGGUGUGUGUGAUCAUGUGACCAUGGUGUAUGAUGUGAUCUGAUGAUGGUUUGUGUUCAUGUGACCAUGGUGUAUAAUGUGAUCUGAUGAUGGUGUGUGUGAUCAUGUGACUAUAAAGUAUGUUUAUGGUGUAGUCAUGUGACCAGGGUGUGCGUUCAUGUGGUAUGUGGUAAUAUUACUACAGAGAGAGUUCAACAGGGUUGCAUUUUGUGCUACAGCAAUUCCAUCCAAUUGAGUGUGUGGAUACGUGUGCAGUGUUUAUCUGUAGGAUUUAGUGGGUAACCAUUGUGACACAUAAUACAAAGAUUACAGGAUUUAACUUUGUAAAUAUACUUUUGAAAUCUGUAAAUUGUAGUAUUUUCCUGAACAUUUGUUAGCAUAACCCACUUUAUGACAUGUUAAUAUGUGAACCAACACAAACCAGUUUUCUUUAGAUUUCAUAAAUUUUGCAAAUACCAGAAAAUCAGAAGAAAAUAGAAUUACUGUAUGGCAAAAUCAUAAAUAGAAAUCAUUUCUUUUUCUAUCACAUAUAUGUUAUUUAUAGUUGUAUGACAAUCAUGUUUUGUUUCUUAUUAUCAAAUCAGAGAUAACACAUCUUCUAUAGUAUAUUAUAUGUACAAGAUGUAGUCCAUCAAAUUACGUUUGCCUUGGUCGUGGUGGCCAUUUGAAGGGUUUUAAAUUCUCCAUAAAUUAUAUCUUCAUUACAUGUAUUUUGAUUAACCCUUUCACCACUGUAGACUAUAAUGGACUCAUCCAUACCAAUGCAUGGUAGAGUCUACUAAAAUUACAUAGGGGUGAAAGGGUUCAUAUAUAUUUUGUGAAGAUAAGUAGACGCAUGCUUAGGUAUACCUUGUUCAAAUCAUGGCAUAGCUCAGAUUUAAAAAUGAAAACUUGAAAUCUGAAAAAUGAAGUCUGUUUCGGAUUAGAGUGGGGGAAAAACGAAGAAUUUUCAUGUAGACCCCAAUUGAAAGAAGCUGAAGUAAUUACGUAUGGGUUUUUUUACUUGGAAUUUUUUCCAAACAACUGUUUAGAAUUUGUUUACAAAGACUUUUCUGAAGCCAGUUUUCAAAUAUGAACAGACACAUCAGGUAUUGAAGUGAUGAUGACAAAAAUAGACUGUUGUUAGCGCAACAAUAUUUAAUAAAACAAAAACAAAAAACUGAUAGUACCACUACAAUAUAUACUGGCCCCCAAAAGAAAUAAUACAUUAUUGUAUUGAUAGGAUUUCAUUGCUGUUUUGAAACUGCUGUAAAUCUGCAUGGUCAGAAUCCAUAUAAAUAUGUGUGAUAUCAUUAAAUUGACUCUGCUUCAUUUAAAUGUCUCCAUGAAACAAGAUGUGGGCGGUGGGAUUGAGAUUUAGGGAAAGCGAUGGCCAAUCGAGCACACUGAUGAUCUGUUCACAAAGAAAGGCCAUAUGUUGGUUGGUGCGACAUUAGCCUGUGCGUUUAACUUUGCUGAAACAUGCCGCCAUUUGCCACCAUGAAUUGAACAACAUGUGGUACCAAGAUCUGCUCCCUGUAACGUCGAGAGUUCAGGCUACCGUCGACGAUCACAGGGUGUGUGUGUGUCCAUUCCCAGAUAUCCAACCCAAAAUCAUGACACUACCACCGCCAAAAUGAUCAUCACCUACUUCACGUGCAGCACGUGUGAUUUGGCCCGGACAUCCAAACAACAAUGAUUUUCCUUGUACUGACUAAUACGGUAACCCUGAUAAAAAAAAAAAGAGUCCUUUCCACCCUUUGUAUACACAUUGCACUUACAAAUCUUCUACAGGUAAAUCAAGCUAAUUGCUUAGUUUCACUGAAUUUUGUCAACGUUUACUUGACUAAUCUGAAGCCAAUACCUGGAGCCAAUCUUACAAAGCAAUAACAUCUGUUUUAUUUCAGAUGUGUUAUGAACAUGCAAUAUUUUAAAUAACGUAACAUUCCUUUUUGGGGCCAGUACAUAACAGAACACA